CGCAGCCGAGUCACGAGCAGGAAGCCAUGAAGAGCGUCGCUCGCGUGGCUCAAAAGUCGCUUGCCCAAGCGCGCGGAUUCCGCACUAGCGCCGCUGUGGCCAAUGCCGCGGCGGAGCCCGCGGCGGCCAUGACGCGCGUGUACGGCGGCCUCAAGGACGAGGACCGCAUCUUCACCAACGUGUACGGCGAGGACACGUGGCGCGUGGACGGCGCGCUGCGCCGCGGAGACUGGUACCGCACCAAGGACCUGCUGUGCAUGGGCCCGGACUGGAUCGUGCAGGAGAUCAAGGACUCGGGACUGCGCGGCCGUGGUGGCGCCGGCUUCCCGUCGGGCCUCAAGUGGUCCUUCAUGCCCAAGCAGACGGACGGCCGCCCGUCCUUCCUGGUCGUGAACGCCGAUGAAAGUGAGCCUGGCACGUGCAAGGACCGCGAGAUCAUGCGCAAGGACCCGCACAAGCUCGUGGAGGGCUGUCUGCUCGCUGGUUUCGCCAUGCGCGCCCGCGCCGCCUACAUCUACAUCCGCGGCGAGUUCUUCAACGAGGCGCUGAUCCUGCAGGAGGCCAUCCACGAGGCCUACCAGCGCGGCUUCCUCGGCCGCAACGCCUGCGGCUCGGGCUACGACUUCGACGUGUACCUGCACCGUGGCGCCGGCGCCUACAUUUGCGGUGAAGAGACCGGCCUGCUCGAGAGUCUCGAGGGCCGCCAGGGAAAGCCGCGCCUCAAACCGCCUUUCCCGGCCAACACGGGCCUGUACGGCUGCCCCACGACGGUGACGAACGUGGAGACCGUGGCCGUGUCCCCCACGAUCCUGCGUCGUGGCGGCUCGUGGUUCGCCAGCCUCGGACGCAAGAACAACAGCGGUACCAAGCUUUUCUGCAUCUCCGGACACGUCAACAACCCGUGCACGGUGGAGGAGGAGAUGAGCAUUCCUCUCCGCGACCUGAUUGAGCGUCACUGCGGUGGCGUCCGCGGCGGAUGGGACAACCUGCAGGCGUGUAUCCCUGGUGGUGCUUCCGUGCCCGUGCUGGACGAGGAGCUGUGCCAGGACAUCAUGAUGGACUAUGACGACCUGAAGCAGCGCGGUGGCUCCGGUCUGGGUACGGCUGCCGUCACCAUUUUCGACAAGAGCGUGGACAUGGUAGGCGCCAUCCGCCGGUACUCGCACUUCUACACGCACGAAAGUUGCGGCCAGUGCACGCCGUGCCGUGAGGGUACGGGCUGGAUGGAGAAGGUGCUGACCCGCAUGGAGACGGGUGACGCCGAGCUCGAGGAGAUCCCCAUGCUCGAGGAGAUCUCGCGCCAGAUUGAUGGCCACACCAUUUGCGCUCUGGGUGAUGCCGCUGCCUGGCCCGUGCAGGGUCUGAUCCGCAAGUUCAAGCACAAGCUUGUCGAGCGUAUCGAGGACCCGUCCAGCUUCAAGCCGGAGGACCACUUCCAGAAGGCGUGGCCUGGUGCCCCGCUCAAGAACCAGGAGUGGGUCGACAAGUUCGCGGACGGCUCGGCUUACAAGUCUAAGGCCUCCGCGUAAGCGAAUGCUGCGGGCGUGGCCAAGGAGGGGCGAGCGUGAUAUGUUGCAGAGAAAGAAAUGACUUGACAGAGGGAAAAACUACAAACACUUGCACGAUGGAAAAAAAGCGGAUGGCUCGAGUUGUCCAUGCGGAAGCCGAUGCUAAGUGGCCAGACGCUAAAUACAGGGAAGCCGUUUGUUGCAAGCCUUCGAGUUGUGCUAG